AUGGUUGAAGAGAAUACAUCGAAUGAGCCCAUGACCAACUUCCAUGAAUUGUUCAAUACUUUUGUGGCAAGCCAAGCCAAACUUCAUGAAGAGUUCAACACUUUGAGUCAAAAGCUGAAAGGAAAAGAUACUACCACUUUCCAAAAUGAUGAAGUUCAAGGCCCACAAUUGACUGAAAGUGAGAAAAAGUUGAAGGAGUGCUUGGAUCAAAUGGAACAACUAUUUCAAAAGUUUUGGUGGAAAGAAGAUGCCAUGAACUUCCAUUCUCUUUCUCUCUUCCCACAAGUAAGAGCUCCACCCAAAUUCAAGAUGCCAAGCUUGGACAAGUUUGAUGGAACAGGCCUCCCCAAAGCCCAUUUGAAGAUGUAUACAAGGGCACUCCAACCCUUGGGAGCUACUAAAGAACUUUUGGCCCAAAUGUUCCAAAACACACUUACUGGGGCUGCUCUUUGUUGGUUUUUGAAUCUUGAAGACUCUCGAAUCCCUACUUGGGAGGACAUUUCCAAUGAGUUCUACAAGCCAUACAAAUACAAUAUAGAAGUAGACAUUACUAGGCAUGAUUUGGAGACCACCAAGCAAAAGCCCAAGGAAUCUUUCUCAACCUUUAUCACAAGAUGGAGGUCAAAGGCAGCCCAAAUGACAAAUAGGCCCAAUGAAGAAGAGCAAAUCCAAAUGGUUGUGAAGAAUUUGUUGCCCAUAUACCAUAAGCAUCUCUUUGCCCAAUAUUUUCCCAACUUUAAAGCCUUGAUCAUAGCUGGUACUCAAGUGGAAGAUGUUGUCAAUAAUGGCAUAUUAAAGAAUGAGGAAAGCUACUCUUCCAAGAAAGCAGUGACCCACACCACCAAUGGGGAAGUGGUUAAUGUUGUGAAUUUCCAAGCAUCUUCAACUAUCAAUCCUAAGCCUUGA